AUUGUGUUUUCAUCCGUGCGAGAGAAAAAAAAGCGGAGAAACAAAUUCGUAGGUCUGUUCAAAAUGGCGGCUCCAAAUAAUAUGUCGGUGAACGAGGGCCAGUCUUGGAAUUCUUGGGCCGAAACUAUGGGCUUCAGGAGCCCAGAAACAAACGAAGAAGCCGAAACAGAGACAGAAGCAUCAAAAAGAGAAAGCGAUGCCAUGAAAUUGAGAAAAGAGGACAUGGAGCUCUUUGGAUUCUGCCCUGCCUGGGAUGAGUUCUACCUAGUAGUGUGUGAAAUAUGUAACCAAGUCACAAAGCCACAGGCACUUCGAAAUCAUCUAGAGCAACGCCACGGGAGCAACGCCUUCUCGCGGAGCGACCGGGCUGACCCGUCUCUGCUCCACCCCGCGGGGGGCGGCAAGUCCGGCAGCAGCUCUUCCUCCUCCUCUUCCUCGUCUUCGUCAUCUUCGUCGUCCUCUUCGUCCUCCGCGUCUUCUGCCCCCCGCAACCCUGCCAGCCGGCCUCCUUCCACCAUGUCCUCUUCCAAGCCGCCGGCCACCAACCGGCUCGCCAACUCCGCGUCGACCCUGGAAAGGCUCAAGCGGAACCACCACUCGAUGGCACCCGUGGUGCGGGUGGAACGAAUGCCCCUGGCCAAGCACGCGCAGGAGGCGCUGCUCAGGCACAACUCCCCGGGCGGGGACAAGAAGGAGCUCCCCUCGCCCCAGCAGCCCCCUCCCCUCACCCCGGGGGGCUCGGGUCUCCUGUCGGGGCCCGGCCCAGGGGCGGGGGCAGGGCCCGUCACCCUCCUGGCCCCCGCGAGGAAGCAGGGUACGGGGGGCGGGGCUGCCUCCGCCGCGGCAGGUUCUAACCCGGCCGCGACUCCGGUCGCCGCCCCCUCGGGAAGGAAACUGCCUCGGGAACGGAAGCUGCUUCCCUGCAAAGAUCGGGAGUACGACCCGAACAAGCACUGCGGCGUCCUGAUCGUGGACCACGGAAAGCCCUGCACUCGCUCUCUCACCUGCAAGACCCACUCGCUGUCGCUGCGGCGGGCAGUGCCGGGGAGGAAGAAGAACUUCGACGACCUGCUGAUAGACCACCGUGCAGCCAAGGAGGCCAGCAUGGGCUCUGCCAAGCCCACACCGCACGCCGUGGUGGCCUCGCUGGCUGUGACCGGCGCCGCCGACAGCGCCGCCCUGCCUCGUUCUUCCUCACCCGCCGCGUCGUGCGCCGCCCCGCCAUCUUCGCAGCACUGCAACAGCGCCACCUCGCCGGCUUGCCUCCCGUCCUCGGCGGCGAGCGGCGGCAAGCAGGCCUGCUCCCUAGAAGGCUCUGGAAGCUGCAGAGUCAACUGUGGGCCCACCGUGGUGCGUUCGCCCGCGGCCACUGGCGGCGGGAGUUUCAAGCAGGCCCCUCCCAAGACGUCCUUGCCGACCGCCUCAAACCAGCCUUCCUCGUCAUGCAGCAGACCAACUCAGAUUCUGCCCAAGGGUAGUUCGAUGGACGUAAUGCCGCCUGUGACGCCCGUCCUAGCAGGAGCGACUCCUAGUACAACCUCUGGCACGUGUCGACGAAGGCCCGACCACAGCAACGACCCUUAUGUGUCGCACCACCCGAGGCCAGCAGCCAUGUGCACGUUUGGCCUGAGGCAAGUUGGCAGCGGCCUCUUCUUGCUGGAUCGGCGGUGGGACGCAACGCGCGUAGCGCUUUCUAUGGCUCUUGGCUCCGAGAGCAACCUUCGUCCUCCUCCGCUGAAGCGGCUCUGCGUGGAGUCCCAGCUGCCCAGCCUUGCCCGGGCCUCCGCGGCGGAGGAGCAGUCCGACCCCUACGGCUUCGCCUGCGGCGCCGCGACGGCAGAACCCUCCUCCGCGAGCCAGCCCCGUUCCCUGCUGCCAAACCCGUCGAACCACGCAGUGCGGAACGCGAGCCACCACCACGUUGCCGUCGCCCCCUCCCCGUCCCCUGCCCCACGGGCCCCGACGAAACCUCCCCCGCGGAGAGACUCCCUAGUGACGCCGACCAGCAAUGGUGGCGUGUUUGUGCCCAGCGCCCGCAAGAAGAAAAGCCCAACCCCCAACCCCCCGCCCACGGCAGUGACUCCCGCAACGAGUGCGCCGGUGUCGUUCCCGUUUCGGACCCACCUGAGUGCACUGUCGCGUCUUCAGAUGCCGGCGAGGGCCAAGGAAGCCGGCGGUGCGAUGCUCGUGGCGACGGCGGACGUGCUCAACGGUCAGGUUUCGGUGAACAGUGGGGUGCUGCUCCAUUCGGUGACGGUGAGCAAGCCGGGAGUGACGGGGGGCGCGACGCUACUACAAAGCAACGGACCCAGGGGCUCCAAGGGGACGGCCCCCGCCCUAACAAAGCCAGCCGGCGGGAGUGGUGGCGCCCUCAACCGGAGAGGUCCCCACCCUCCCGGCCGCACCGCGAUGGGUGUGGUCAAGAAUCACCACCAGGUGUCCUCUUCCGUGCCUCAGGGAUUGGCUCUGCCGGAACUAAUGGCAUCCUCGCAAGUGUCUGCGCCCACGGCAAGCCCCCUGUCCAACGGCCUGCCCAGCAUCCUGGGACAGAGCAAGCUGUACCCAUCGCCAAACCACACCGUGCCAGGGUCCCUGGAGGCUGCCACUUGCCAUCCUGCCCAUCUAGCAAAAGGAGCAAGGAAUGGCUCGAGACCCCACCAAGCCAGGAGUGCGGAUCCCGGUGCCAGCAUAGCCCACGGAACCACGGUCGGCACAAACGCGUCCCUGCAGGCGACGAUGCCGACGACCAAGCAGCAGCAACUGUACCAGCAAGUGCUUGCCAGCCAGGUCCAAGCACAGCUGAUGCCCUCAGCCCUCAAGCUUCCCCUGCUCCUCCCCAACGACGAGCGGCGCCACAGGCCACCCCAGCAGCAACUCAAGGUGCCUGGAGGCUCCAUGCCUACGUGAUGGAGGCCUCCAACAAACUACCGGGUGGGUGACUCGUCGUUGUUGGAGGCGGCACGCGGACUUGCGCACCAGUCUCGUCGUAGCACUCUUUACCUGGCACGGUGCGUUGUGCUGGAUGUGUCUGCCUACUUGUGUCUCCCGCUCGUUUUCUUUCUUUUUCUUGCGCACAAGUUCUGGUGAUGCAGCCGACGUGACGUCCAGCUGUAGUAGGUGGCAGGUAAAGAGCUUAGGGGAAGCUCCUCUACGUCUUUCGGAUUUAGCAGACCAAACGCUGGAGAUGGAGGUCAACCUCCUCUCCAGCAUAUGCUCUACUAAAGUGGAAAGAGGUGGGAAAAGUUUCCCCUGAACUCUUAAACCUGUCACCGACUAUAGGUCGGCGUUGCGUGUCGGUGAGAAGGCAUUAACAUGUCUGCCUGCUCUCUUUUCUUUUUUUCUUAUGGAACAAUUUUGUUAACGAUACUAGCAUGAAAUGCAGAGAAGAGAGAAACAUUGCAAUGGACGCCUUAUGAGGUUUUGUGGCACAUAACGCAAUCGUGGCCUUUGGCCCCUCCUUUUUGAUGCCCUUUUUUCUUCCUCUUUCGGAGCGAAUAAUAAAAUUUGUGAAGUUUGUAGGUAAAGUUGAUCUUGGGGAAAUUUGCGAGAGGAAUUUGAAGUGUGCAAAUGGGUAGUCGGAAUCUAAGAACACAUUAUUUGUAGCAUCCACUGCGCAAAGGUAGAUGAUGCCUUCCUAGCUGUUUCUGCACUCUCAAAGUUAAGAGUUGAUAUAUAACUCUGUUCAGUUCAAAACCACUAUUCACUAAAGUUGAGUGGUUUAUUUGCACCGAUUUUCAUUCAAAACAGGUGAAUCACACUUUCUGGGAUGAAAGCCUUUUCUCUCCCGUCUGAGCCGAGCCUUUCUUUCUGAAGAGAGGAGUGAGCCCGACAUGUCCAGAAUGCAAACGCUUAUCACCCAUGUCUGUCCCUUUAUUUUUUUCUCGUCCCACUGAUAUGCUGCUGUGCUACGUUUUUUUUUGUUUUCUUUGCUGCAAUACUUUUAUCAAACUUGCCUAUUCUUGUAAAUUUGUUUAAAUCUGGUUUUUCAGUUCUGGACUUUUUGCUCCUAUUUUUCUGGGAUUUUCUUUCUUUUGAUUUUUCUUUCAAGCUUGCCAAGCACUUGCCUUUUUCUUGCGAGACAAAGUAGAGCAGGCCGUCAAUGUAACUGCCAGCAGUACAUCACACCACAUCACUGCAUAUGUACAUACACAGACGUCUAGGAGCCAUGCCAACAGGUGUAGGUGAGGACUCCGAGCGUAUGUGGCAAGUCGAGUACCUGCCCCACGUGCUGGGCAAAAUGCACAGCAAAACUUGACGUGCGAUGGGCCUACACAGCUGUCGUAGCAAUCGUCACAUUAGCACACACCUGUAAAUAUGUACAUAGAUGGAAUAGCUCAAAGGCCCAAGACGUAUAGUAAUUGGCUAGUCGGUCUUUGGUGGCAUGUCACGCCCGCGUCGCGCGACACGGUCUCAUCAGUGGGAAUGGCACUUGGCACAGUGUGGAAGUAUUUGCUCAUUUUGUUGGUUCUGUUUUUUUGCUCCCAUAAGAUCUUGCCCCCAAAACUAGAUAGUCUGAUGACUGGACACAUUUAAGUGGUUGAAUAGCCCCGUCUAGGAAAGAGCAUCGCCGACUGUCGUGGCUUUAUUUUUUAUUGUUUGCGGGCAGUUUUUGGUGGCAAAACAAAUAAUUGGACUGAGCAGACAUAUUCUACCUCCUGUAAAAAAAAGAAUACGAUAGCUAGUAUAUACAUACACACACAGAUCUACACAGACUAUAUAUAUUCCCGAAGAACUCUGCCUUACAGACUUGCGUGCAGUUGCCCUGCAUCCAAAGAGCGCGCUGCAGAGAAGCAAAGAUACGACCGUGUGAUGGAAAGCUUGUUUGCAGUCAUGGGAACACGGUGCCGGCAUGGAUAUUAUUCAUCUUUUUUUUCUCCCAUUGUUUUGUUGCCACUCUCAUUCCUUGUCAGAUUACCUUGUCGAAAUUGGGCUCACUUCUGGAACUUUUAUUUUUUGUUUUUUGUACAAGUGAAUUUGCUUUGUGUAGUUUUCAUUCAUGCUCAUAUGUCACGAAGCGGGAGGAUACAGUGACGAAAAUUAUGUGAGAGUUUGCUACAAUCACGCGUUGCUCGUUUGGAGUGCUUCCUUUCCGAAGGAGAUUGAGGUGCAGUGCUGGAAUAUGUGUUCAUUGUGUAGGUAGGAAUAGUUGUUGGCCAUGUUGGUUUUUUUUUCCCUAACCCCUCCCUUACUGUUUGUGCUGUUGUCAUUCUGCUUUGAGCAACAAACAUUCCAAGGAGUUGCAGGAUGCAAAAUGAACAGAGUAGCUGUUGUUGUGGUAUGCCAAAGGUGUUACAUUGUGAGAAGGAGCUACGGAAGUUGUUUUACAAGUAGGAAACAAAAUACUAUAAACCCUGCGGGAAAAAAAAAAAAGAAAGAAUGCUUUCAAGAAGACAAUUUGAAGAAGCAAGUUUGAUACGAGUGCAUACGAUAGGUGCUGGACCACAUUUGUGUAUGUUUGCUAAGCAUGACGGUUCAUGCUGUGAUUGUGUGCAAGUUUGAAGAGUUUUUGUUUCUUGUUUUUUUUUUUUUCACUGUGAUACACGUGCAGAACAAGCCGCCACUGGUCUCGAGACUUGAAAGGGAGACAGCCUCCUGUUUGGAAAGCAUAAUUUUUGUACACACCUCAGGCUUUGCUUUUGGCACAAAGCUCAAGAAGUGCUGUAUAUAUUUAUUAGGGUUGCGCAGCAUUCUUAUGCAAGUUCUAGGAGAACACCGCGUGUGCGGAGAGAACUUGUCCGUUUGCUUUGUUCUGGGUUAUCUUUACAACACUGUGUUCUAGUCACCCGUUUCAAACACAUGGUUGGAAGGAAUGUUUGGAAUUCUGAUGUGAUUUUUCAAUCUUGGAUCGACUAAAUUGUGAGAAGCAGUCCCGUUUUUUUUUUUUUUGCGUGUAUUGGCUGACGACUGCACAAAAAUGCUACAUAAAUGUGUGAAUGAGUACAUGUGUGGAUGAACCCUGUUGCAUUUAGAACGAGAAAAAAAUGCCGCAACUGUUAAUUUUGGCUGUUUAGGAAGUAAUCACAUCCUCCACCUGUUAGUCCACGUACUUCAUCAGCAUUUAUUUCAAACAACGAACAUCACUUUUUUUUUUCUCUGUAGUUUUUUUGGGUGUCGUCGUUCUUGCCGCAAACACUGUUUAAAUUUUGAAGUGUAAGUAACAUACAGAAUUUUUGGUAACACACACAAACACACAGACGGCCUUUUGUAUAUGCUGUACAUAUAAAUAAAAGCUAUUUAUCUAUU